AUGUCGUCCACAUGCCUGCACUUAGCCUCUCAGGACAGAAGGCGGAAGUCAAGUCAUGAUGGAGAUGAUAACGUCACAGAAAGUGAGAAACAUCUACAGAGUCUCCUGAAGCGUCAGAUAAAGACAGAUCUCACACUGACAGAGCAGCUCUCCCAACAUCGGUCCUUCUCUUUGGCUACAUCACAUGACCCGGAAGCGGAGAAGUUGACUGGGAUUCGCAGUUUGGACAAGUACAAAACAGUAAAUGACCUUGAUUCCAGAAUUGAUUUUUUGAGACACUGUGGUCUUGAUGAUGCGGAGAUUACCCUCAAAUUGAAGGAUGAGUUGAAAGAUAAGGUGACAGCGGUACCUACUGGAUACGGCGAGGAGCCACAGAGCAAGUUGCAGAAACUACAAAACAUUGAGAGCAAGAUCCAUGAGAAGGAAAGAUUGCUGAAAGUGCCUGAUACUUAUAAAGGAGCUCUAGAGUUGAGCAGGACAUUCUCUGCAGCUAGAGACAUGUCUGGGUCAGCGACAAGGGAAAGAACCUUCUUUCACAGACGUAGUCAUCACUCAGAAACAAUUUGA